CACGUCUUCCCGGAUCGGACACCGAUCUCACGUAACAAUCAUGGCCAGCGGCACUACAACGGAGCCGGGCUUGGGCAAAAGCGCGACUGCGGCGCCACUGAAACCGGGAGGAUAUGACUUCUACCGGGAUGUCUUGAAAAGCCCGAAAUACGUCGUUGCUCCCAUGGUGGAUCAGAGCGAGCUUGCGUGGAGGGUGCUGUCGAGGCGGUAUGGCGCCGAACUCGUCUACACACCUAUGAUAAACGCGAAGAUGUGGGCGCAGCACAUCCGUAAACCAUUCCGCGAGCAGAGUUUUUCGAUCCUGCACCAAGAGGAAGGGUCCUCGUCGACUUCACAUUCGCUGUCGCCUGGUAGACCGCUUGACCGGCCUCUGAUAGUACAGUUCUGCGGGAAUAACCCGGACCAGAUUCUGUCAGCUGCUCAGGACCUCGCUCCGUACUGCGAUGCAGUUGACAUUAACCUCGGCUGCCCGCAAGACAUCGCGCGUCGUGGAAAGUACGGGGCUUUUCUCCAAGACGAAUGGGAGCUGGUCGAGAAAAUCAUCUCCACCCUGCAUAAAAAUAUUCCCAUACCGGUGACGGCCAAGUUUCGCGUCUUCCCGUCGGUCGAAAAAACCGUUGCCUACGCGAAGAUGCUGGAGAGGGCAGGUGCUCAAAUCCUUACGUGUCACGGGAGAACACGAGAGCAACGCGGCCAGAAUGCUGGUCUCGCCGACUGGGACAAGAUCCGCGCCGUGAAAGAGGCGGUAUCUGUCCCCGUCUUUGCUAACGGCAAUAUCCUGUUUCAUUCCGAUAUCGAGCGAUGUCUUCAGGCAACCGGCGCUGACGCCGUAAUGAGUGCCGAAGGCCAGCUCUACAACGCCGCCCUUUUCGCGCGGAGCGACCACCAACGGCCAGCCGCCCCGUCGAUUCCGCUCCUCCCCCACCUCGACCCCUCGGCCUCAACGCGAUCGAUCCACGAUCAUUUCACCUUCGAUUUCGACGAAGGCCUGCACCCGGCUCAUGCCGAUCUCGCGCUCGAAUAUCUUGAUAUCGUCAGGAACCUCAAGACGCCCACCGCACCGAGUGCGGUGAAAGGGCACCUGUUUAAGCUCCUUCGACCCGCGCUGUCAAAGGAAACUGACCUGCGACAGCGGCUGGCUACCAUCAAGGCGGGCGGCGCGGAAGCUCUCGAAGAAUACUGGGACGUCAUCGUCGAGAUGAAGCGCCGAAUGGACACCGCAGCCGAGGAAGCGCGCGCGAAAGGUCUCUCGGGCAGCGACGUCGUCCAAGUCGGCGCAUAUGGUCUGCAAAUGCUUCCUUCAUGGGUGGCGCAACCGUAUUUCCGCCCUCCACCGCCGAAGCCAAAACAAGCGGAAGCUUCGAGCGAAGCGCCCACUGAGCCCGUCGAAGAACGCGCUGCAGUCGGUGUUGUCUCGAUUGGAAGCCCAGAGGUGGAUGCAAGAAUUUCGGUCGCCAGCGAACCAAAGCGACUACACACACCUCCAUCUGCAGAGAUUGACCAGCAAGGGACCUUCAAGCGCUCGAAAGUGGAUGAAGCGCCUUCGUUAGUGACGGAUACUCGGACACUCGCGGCCGCGUAGCAUCGUAAGCGUAGGGCCUCAUCGUAGUCUCCAGAUCUAGUGCUACAUAUUAUAGAGAAUGUCUUCAUGGAAGCCUGUCAC